AUGAAAAGCCCAGCAGCGGCCCCCGGCGACGGCCCGCGGGGCUCCGCGGCUCUCGCGGCAGUCAGCAGCACUUCUGCAAAAGUUGAAUCCGCCAGGAAAGCUGACGGCCCGAAGCCUGCAGCAGCAGAAGAAGCCGAGGAAGCAGCAGCAGACGAUAAGGGAGAAGCAGCAAACCAAACAGCUGCAGCAAUUCCCGAGUCCGCAAAAGAAACCCAAAAAACUGAUGGCAAGGCGGCAAGCGAGGCACCAGCUGGGGCGCCAAAUAAGGCAGCAGCAAGAGGGUCAGCAGCAUCAGGAGCAGUGGCUCGUGAUGCACCAGCAAAACCAGCAACUGAAGCAGCAGCUGCAGCAGCAGCAGCAGCGGCUGCAGCAGCAGGUGCAGCGGCAACCAAAGCUGCAGCAGCAGAAGCACUUGACGCAACCGCAGCAUCGGAGGCGGUGCCUGAAGAAGCAGCAGCAGCGCGUGCAGCAGAAGAGGAGGAAGCAGCCACGAAAGCUGCAGCAGCAGCAGCAGCAGCACUGGCAGCAGCAGCAGCAGCAGAAGCAGCAGCAGCUGCUGGUGAAGCAGCAGAUGACGAACUAGCCCACGAUGGCGCAGCCAAAGCAGCAGCAGAGGCAGCAGCAGAAGCCGCGGGCGAGAAGGACUCCGACGCCUCAACAGCAGCAGCCACCACCACCACAGCAGCAGCAGCAGCAGCAGCAGCAGCAGCAGCAGCAGCAGAGCAGCAGCACACUCGCCGCAGGCGGAAGCAGCGAGCUGCUGCUCUCCCCCGCCGCUCGCUGCCCGCCAGAGACAGCCGCCUUGCUGCUGCGCUGCAGAACCAAUUUGUGGCGGAGUGCGAGCGCCACGGCUGGCGCAGCCCCUGCAGCAGCAGCAGCAGCAGCAGCAGCAGCAGCAGCAGCAGCAGCAGCAGUGCGGAGCCGGACUCGGCGCAGUCUUCUGCGGAGAGCAAGGCCGGUAGGGGACGGCCCGCGAGGCAGACGGGAGCUGCUGCUGCUGUUGCUGAAGGAGCUGGCCGGCGGCGGCGGCGGCGCGUGCAUUCCGAGGGGAGCAGCUCGAAACCAGCAGCAGAAUCUAGAGCAGCAAGCUUAGCAGCAGCAGCAGCAGCAGCAGCAGCACGGGACCCCCCGCCUACGGACUGCGGGCGGCCCCGCCGGCACGCAGCAGCAGCAGCAGCAGCAGCAAUUCUUGCUGCUGCUGCGCCUCCGUCGGAGGGUUACUUGGUCUUUGACAUUCCGCGGAAAUCCGCAGCCAAAAGCGCCGCCAAAGGAGUCAAAAGAGCAGCAGCAGCAGCAGCAGCAGCAGCAGCAGCAGCAGCAGCAGCAAGCGACGUGAGCAGCAGGAAGCGCACAGAGCCUGGCAGCAGCGAGCGCGCUUUGGCUGACAGCCGCCGCCUCAAAAAGACCAAAAGAGAAGCUGAAGACAACAUUUUAAACCACAGCAGCAGCAACAGCAACAGCAGCAGCAGCAGCAGCAGCAGCAGCAGCAGCAGCAGCAGCAGCAGCAGCAACGGCAACGCCGAGCAGGAAGAAGUGCCUUCGACUUGCCCAGACUCCAAAGAGGACUCCAACGCGACGGAGAACGGCAAGACUGCCAAGCCAGCAGCAGCAGCAGCAGCAGCAGCAGCAUCGGCUGCUGCUGCUGCUGCUGCACCAGCAGCAGCAGCAGCAGCAGCAGCAGAAGCAGCAGCAGCAGCAGCAGACUGCGAAGGCGAACGGAAUGCUGAAGAGCUGCGGGUGGUGGAGGAGGGGAUUUUGGAGGCGGAGAAAAAAGAAAAAAGAAAAAAAGAAAUGCAACUCCAACUCCAGCUCGAAGUCGAGUCUCUCAAUUAA